GUGGCAACACUAGGAAUCAUCGAGUCUGCCACCUGGUGGCUCGUAUACCUAUUAAAUAUUUAUUGGUUUUGUUAAAUUGUGAUUUAUUUUCUUAAUUGAUAAUUCAUAUUUCAGUACAUUACAUCGUGAACAGUGAUUUCGUGCUUUCUUUGAGAGUUCCCUAUUCUUUGUUUUUAUAGUUUAUUAUGUGUUUGUAAAAAUUUAUGACUCUAUUGCGGUAUUGAAUUUGCUUAUCUCGUUCGUAUUAUGUUAAAAAAAAAUUACAUCGCAUAAUUACGUAUGUGAAACAGAGGACGUCAUAAUUCAUAAGUUAAUCAAAUCUAAGCAGUUAUAAUUUGAUUAAGAAUGGAAACUUCGUACCAAGGAGGUGUGAUCGACGACGUCGAUAAUUUUCAGAGUUUGUCGCAAACAAUUGCAAGUAAUAUCAAGAAAAUAUCGCACAAUGUUUCUUCAAUGUCCAAAAUGGUCAACCAACUGCAGACUCCUCAAGAUUCUCAGGAGCUCAGGAAACAGCUUCGUCAGAUACAAAACUACACCCAGAAAAUGGCAAAAGACACAUCAUCCAUGAUAAUGGACUUGAUGAAAAUGCCAACAGACCAGCCAGCUAACAAGUUGACUAGAGACAGACUCAGUGAUGAGUACAUGGCUACACUCAAUGCAUUCCAGGCAACUCAAAGAACAGCAGCCCAGAAGACAAAAGAAGACGUCAGAAAAGUGAAAGCGCAAAAUAUAAACAUUGGAGAUCCAUUUGCAACAGGCAGCAACAGGGAGUUGGUUGAGAUGGGUGACACCAAUGUGAGGAAGCAGGAGCAGCUCACAUUGCAGUCGGAGCGAGAAAUGCUUGAACUCGAACAACGCGAGAGGGACAUCAAACAACUUGAGAGUGACAUCAUGGACGUGAAUCAAAUAUUCAAAGAGCUUGGUGCCAUGAUCCAUGAUCAAGGUGCAGUUGUGGACUCCAUUGAAUCAAACGUGGAAUAUGCUUCACAGAAUGUUGAGAGUGGAGUGCAGGAAUUGCAUCAGGCUGCUAAUUACAAGAAUAAGCUGAGGAAGAAGAAAGUAUACUUGGCACUUAUAUUAAUUAUAAUAAUUUCCAUUAUACUAAUCAUUAUUUUCCAUAAUUGAAAUGGCCAUCCUAAAUCAUUUUAAAGGACGCAAUAUUUACGUAAUAUUAAGGUACACUGAUUAUCACUGAUGUAUUCGUAUAGAAUUUUUACAUAAAGCUAUUGUAAGAAACUGCUUUUUUAUAAAAUCGUUUUCAGUCUUUUUUUUUUCUUAACAUUCUGCAAACUUUUUGUAAUGUUUCCUUUUGUAACUAUGUAAAGACUAACAACUGAAAUCUAAUUAUAAUGGGAGUAAUUAUAUUUGUAGUUUUGUAUUACAAUUAGGUGUGCAAUAUUGCUAGAUGUUAUGCCAGCAUACUUAAAACAUUAACGGAUUUGUUAUUAUUAAGUGUAUAUAUUAAAGUUGGUCACUCAUUGAUAUAAAUAAAUGCGAAUAUUGAAUUAUUUCACGAAAUUAUUUAAUUAUUUUAGAUUUUAGAUAUAUUAAAUAAAAUAUUACUGUAUGACUUUAUGUGUUGUAUAAACCAUACCAACCAACCAACCAAAGUCACUGUUCACUAAAAUGUACAUGUAUCAUUUUGGUUACCAUUUGCUAAGCGAAAUAGAAACAUACGAUAUACGAUGCAUUAUACAAUAAUAAACCAUUAUAAGUAAUAUAAUAAAGUUAUGAUCUGAUAUUUAAUUUUGGUCAGACUAUAAAUAAAUAUAACUAGUAGUGGCGUUCGUAACGAGAACAAAGAACGACAAUACAUAUUAUGUAUCAAAUUUAUUUUAAAACUUUCUGUUUUCUUUAUCAAUAAUGGUUUAUAUUAUAUUUUGUUUUAUCUCAAUGUGACAUCUUAUUAAAUACAUAUGUAUGUAUAGGUUCAGAUUAUUAAUUCGUUUAAUUUAACAGCAGUGAACAACAUAUCGACCCUAUUUUUAGCUAAAUCGCCUACUACAUGAUAUUUCCUUGUAAUAAUAAGAUUUUUUUCAAAUUACUCGAUGAGUUUCAGUUUAACUCGCUCGCGCCACCGUAGGAACAAAUCUGGUUACUCAUUCCAUCAGACAAAAUACAACAUUCAAAAAAUCACAUACGUGAGUAGUUGUGCACCAUGCCAAUUCGUAGGACAUGCUACAUCCAUCGAUACAUAUUUAUUUAUAUCAAUGUUAUAAAUGUACAUAAACGUGUAUUUUUUCUGUGUAUGACCACGAAGACGAAUAGUAAAAGGCAUUAGUAACUAUGAAAUGUGUUUGAUAUUUUAAUAAUAGCGAAUGUGCUUCUUAAAAAAGUUACAUUUUAUUUUGCUAUCGCAGUUUUCUUCGUGUAUUUAUAUGGAUCCUCAAAAUUAUAAUUUCUAAAUUGAUUCAUGAAAGUUUCACUUAAUUUUAAUUUGGCUAAUGUGUAAUCUCUACAAUUGUAUUGUGUAUAGUAUAAAAUUUUAUUUUUGUAAUUGUUUAUGCUGGUUUUAAUUUCCAGUAAGUAUUAUAUGGUUCGUAGUCAUACAAUAUCGUUUGUGGUUUUUUAUUAUGUAUUUAUAUUGUUAAUACAGAGUGUUUCUUAUUUAGUUUUUAGAUAAGGCUAAAAUAAUAUUUUAUUAUUAUAAUUAUACCUGUACUCCUCCAGUAUGGUAAACAUUUAUAUUAUUAUAUUAGAUACAUACAUUAGAAAUGUGUUAAUUUAUUAUUGAUGAGUUAUCAUCGUAAUAUAGUAAUAACCAUUUUUAUUCACCUAAGCAUCUGAGACAUUCUGUAUGACUAAGAAUAAAAAAUAAGACUGUACAUUUACUUGAUAUGUUUAUUUUUUAGAAAAGCAUGUUUAAUUUAAUUUAAAUUUAAUAUAUAUCCAACAGGAAUCAACCUGUUAACUUGUUAUUUGGCAUUAAUACGAAUGGUUUUUAUAUUCUUACAUUAAAUCUUUACUCAAGAUUGUUUCCUUCACAAUUAUUGGAGAAAAGUACACCGAUUACAUCAAGCAUCCCUAAAUGUUAUUAUUUGAUAAAGAAUAUAGGGAUUUAUUUUGAGAGUUUUCUAGCGUUUGGCAAACUUUGACAAAGCCUCUAAAUUUUAUAAAGUAAACUAGCUGCUCGUCUCGGUUUCCCCCGUCGUACAUAUAUAGCCUAUGUCACUCAGUGUAAAUGCAUGGAGAAAGAAUUUUUGAAAUCGGUCCAGCCGUUGACGUGUAAUGGCGUGACCAAGGGAAAUAGGGAUUCAUUUUAUAUGUAUAGUUAAAAGUGCUAGGUGGUUAGCAUUAUUCACAUGACCUUUCCCGUGUAUAAUCAAAAAUAUUUUAACAUUUAAAUUUAGGGAAAAUUUCAUCCUGAAUAUGUAUUAAUAGUUAUUUAUUUUAUGUAGUUAUUGUAAGAUCGCAGUUCUGAAUUCACUGUUUAGAGAUUAUAUAGGUCAUUUGUAAUUUGUAUGAUAUUAGAGCGUCCAACGCGGUCCAUAUUUUUUGAUUUAAAUAAAACGUAUUUAACCCAAAA